GGAGCGUCCAACAACACAAACUACACAAGCACCCAAAUACAGAUUUCAAGUUAAAGACUGUUCUGUUGGGAGGGUUAUCAUUCACUUUAGUGGUCUAGCUGGAAGGAGGCGGCUAGCUUGCCAAUAGGAUAACUACCUUUUUGUAGUGCUUCCCGAUCCACUGGCGCACUAGCUCCAGCUGGGCUAAAGUAUCGGCACUCUCCCAGAACCAGGCUGAAGGACUGCUGUCUUUUUUCCGAUGCGUGGCGAACACGGAGCCGGUCUGACUUGCCCCUGGAAACUCGAGAACCUGAGCUGUCAUGGGCGUCCAUGGUCUUACGACCUUCGUAGAGGGAAACAGACUUUUCCUUUCUGAUGUGCGAUUCAGAGACAGCCGCCUGGUGAUCGACGGCAACAGUCUCUAUUUCAACCUCUACUUGAAACACGGUUUGGAUCGACAGCACGGAGGAGACUAUGAUGCCUUUGCAGGCAUAGUCUGUCAAUUCCUCUCAGCCCUGGAGGUCUGUGGCAUCCAGCCAUAUGUGGUUCUGGAUGGAGGGAUUGAUCCCAGCAACAAGAAGUUGAACACCCUGCAGCAGCGUCUGCAGGCCAGGAUAAAGGAAGCAGAGAACAUGGCCCACGGCCGCAAUGGCUCUGUUCUCCCCAUCCUGACGAGGCAGGUCUUCAUUCAGGUCCUCAUUCAGAAGGGGAUCCCCCUGGUCCAGUGUCCUGCUGAGGCUGACUGGGAGAUUGCAUGUUUGGCUCACCAGUGGAGAUGCCCACUUCUGAGCAAUGACAGUGAUUUUUAUAUUUUUGACCUGCCAGGUGGAUACCUGCCACUCAAUUUUUUCCAGUGGACCAACCUUAACGGUAAAGCGUCCCACCGCUACAUUCCAGCUCGGUGCUACACCACAAAGGUUCUGUGCCAUUGGUAUGGGGGACUGAAUCAGGAAUUACUGCCACUGUGUGCUGUUCUGAUUGGUAACGACUACGGCACUCCAAAAGAGGCAGAAACCCUUCUAUCUCUAAUUGAUGCGAGUGUGUUAAGCAGGAAGGGCGGCAGGGGUAAAGGUAAAGCACCCUCUUCCCGCAUCGAUCUCUUGCUUAGCUGGCUGUCCUCGUUUGCAAGUUCAGUCGAGGCCUUGGCGGAAGUGAGCAGGCUAAUGGGAGCUGAUAGCAGCGGGGACAAGAAAAAAGGGAAAGGAGGGCUGCGUUUACAACUGCAGGCCGGUAUGCAGGAGUACCAUAUCACCCCUCAAAGCCCCCUGGCUAGUUGGUUUUCUGAAUGCAAGGCAGCACCAGGAAGACAUAAUUCUCCAUUACCUGAGUGCUUCUUACAUGCUGCAGCGCAGGGGCUUUUAGCUCCCUUAGUGGUUGAUGCUUUGUUCAUGCGUAAAGUGCUGCUCCACCCACAGGUAGAGAACAGCAAGCAACCAAGCAGCCACUGUAGUGCAAGAGCUAUACGUCAGGCCAUUUAUGGGAUAUUACUCCUCAAGGGGAAGCAAGGGGGUUCUGUUCAAGACAAUCAGACGAGAGGUGGCAGAGGUCGAGGGGGCCAAGCCCGUGGGAGACUCCAAACCACUCAACAGACUGGAAAUGAAGGAUUUAGCAUUGAUCAAGCUGCCAGCGCAACCAGCCUGCAGACACAAGUCUCCUGCACUCGCAUAUGCGUGGAGGAGUUUGAUCGACUUAACCUCAACUUGAAGAAAAACCAAGUGGAGGCGCUGCUGCUCAAAUCACAUUUACACCUGGAUACACUCGGCCAGGCACCUGCAAAAGUUCGUCUUAAUGCCCUUUUCGAAGUGUUAGGCGUCAGUCAGUCUGCAAUGGCUGCUGUCCCCCCCCACUUGAAGCUGGCUGUAGCAGUAACUGGCUUCUGGCUGCAGGAGGCCGUACCCAAGCCCUCACAGCCCCAGCUGCAAGCCUUGGUCCUUGGAAUGGUGUAUGGAGAACUGGUCUGGAUAGACCAGAGUGGAGGCACCCACUACCAAUGUUCCGUCCCACAGCUUAACUGGCCUGUAGAGCGCGGUUUUCUCCGUUGGCUGGAUCGACAACGCAGUAAGUCCUGGAGACAAGGCAUGCACGUCGCAGCGGCUCACAGUUUCAGCCAAUGGCAGGCCUGCCUCUGGAGUGCACUGUGUCUGAAUCAGCUAUUAUUGCUACCAUUGCCUGAACUCCGCCUCUCAUAUUUGUUCAGCGGUACCAUGGUGCACGGCCUCCUUGGCUACCUGAAAGAAGGCGGAGCAACCGAGAACCUCCUGCCCGAGUCGUCAUUUUCCAGGCAUUUGUACUCGACGCUCUUGCACGCCGUGAGAGAUUGCAGCUCCAAAGCUCGCCCUUCUUCAGCGGGACGAGGUAAGGGGAGAGGCGGAGCGCAGGGAAGGAGAGGAAGAGGGGCAUUCGGAGUAAGGAGAGGAAGAGGAGCAGGAAGGAGAGGGAAUGAAGGGAUGAGCAACAUGUUUGCUGUUUUGGAGAUCAAUGAGUAAUCCUGACUUAAUGAUACAUGCUAAGAGCGUCAUGUGACCAAAUGGGGAAAUUAAUUGUAGAGAUAGAUGCUAUGAAAAACUCUUGGAUCAUAUUGUGUAUGGUAGUUGCAGCUUUGAUAACACUGACCAUUGUCACUCCAAACAAUGCAAUAGCAACAGCAUGCAUCAAAGACGUACUUCCUAUUUUUAACUAGUAGUAUAUACAUGUGUAAUUCAUUGUAUUGACACCUGUUUUGAAAUGUCCAUUUUAAUCAGCAGCUUAUGUAAUAAGAAUCAUUCUAACUUUGUAUAAUCAAGUUUAUUUUACGAAUAAAGAAACACAUUUUAACAGCAGGCAAGCAAUUCAAAAGAAUCGCAGUCAAAUACAGACUCAAAUCGGAUUCUCAUUCAUUGUGUUCCGUUUCUGUGAAGUCCACUAUCAAGAGGAGGAUGACGUUGAUGCAACAGACCCGCUCGGUGUCUGAGAAUCUCCAAGGGCCACGUAGUUCUCGUUAAACUCGAAGGGGGACAUUUGCGGCACGCGGUAUUUUUUUUUUUAUUGGCCCGCGGCACAAAUUCUAAAAACAUCAUUCAACAAGAAAACUAGAAAAAAAGCAAAAAUGGAAAAAUCAGCAGUAUUCCCACAAGAAUAAAGUCAUUAAUAUUAAGAGAAAAAAGUUGUAAUAAAAGAAAAAGGCGUUUGUUUUAUUAUGAGGAAAUCUAACGUUUUUUAUGUCAUAGGUUAUAAUAUUGUGAGAGUAAAGUCCAAAUAUUAUCAAACUAAAUUCAAAGUUGUAUGGGAAUAAAGUAAUAAUAUAAAAUAAAUAACAUUGCAAGAAGAUUUACAAGAAAGUUGAAAUACUUGGAAAUAAAAAAAAACAACAGCUUAAAUUAAAGAAUAAGUAGCAAUUUUACAAGAAUAAAGUCAAAAUAUUAAGGGACAAAGUUGUAACGAGAAAUAAAUUACAGUUUUACAAGAAUCACCUUGUAAUAUUGAGUAAUCCAAUGUCACUUUAGGAGCAUAAAGUAGAAAUAUUAAAGAAAUGUUUUUUUAAAGGUCGGGGAAAAAGUUAUAACAUGGAAAUUAAGUCAAAAUAUUAAGGAAAUAAAGUCAUAAUAUCACAAAAAGAACAUCUACAAUUGAAAUAUUUUGAAAAUGUGCAGCAAAAAUGGGGAAAAAAAGAGCACAGAAUGAAGUUGAUACUAAUAAUAGGCUUUUUCACUGAUAUCACAAAGCUGAGAUGCAGUUUUUUCUUCUUGAAAUUUUCAUAAGUUCGUAGCAUAUUUACAUGUGUUGCCUUGCGGCCCUUCAUUCUUUCAUUUUUCACAAUGUGGCCCUGGCUGGAGAAAGUUUGGACACCCCUAUAUUACAGUAUUGACCAGUAUUAUAUAUCCAUAUACUAUAUUUACACAUGCAAACGGGAGAUUUUCUUCUUCUCUCUCACACACAUGCCAAUAAUCCCUAAUAAAAACACGGGCUACUGUUGUGGCCUUAAACCAUGCAAUGCUAAAACUCAACUCAGAACCUCAGACGCCACUUCCUGUCCGCCCUUCACUCAGCUCCCCUAGAGAACAGAUUUUUAUCGCAACACAUAUGAGCAUGAGUCUUAUUUCCUCAUUUUUUGUACAAACACAAGCCACACUUGUCUAUAAGCCGCAAGUGUCUACAUUGUAACGUGAGAUAUUUACACCGAAAUACACAUUAUAAACCUUGCAAUGCUAUCUACGCUCAUUGUUCCCAACGUUACUCGUUUGCUCCGAUGAGAUGCAAGAAGCUCCCCUACUUGAUGAAAUGUACAGCUCCAAAGACGAUCGCUGCGUAAGACUUCAAAACGUGAUACUAGUGUCCACUUCACUACUCCAGUUCAUUACUUCUAUGCUCUAACUACAAAAGUAUUCCAUUUACAAAUAAGGACUCCUACUUCGCAAAAAUUCACUUAUCACAGUCGGGUGCGUAACCAAUUAACAGCGAUAAACGAGGGGUUACUGUACCAUAGUGACAAGAGCUUCAUUUUGAUGUACAAACCUGUCAGAGUCUGUGUGGUACUCCAUUACAUGAUCGAGCUUGGAAAAUUC